AUGUGGCAGAUGCAGGAGGUGCAUUUGAUGACCCACGGCAGGGACAGAUGGGCUGGUGCCACCUUGGAGGCCAUUCGGAUGUCCCGAGUCAUUUUCUCCAAGGAGAAGUACAUCCUCGACUCAUCCCCGGAGAAGCUGCACAAGGAGCUGGAAGAGGAGCUGAAGCUGAGCAGCACGGACCUGCGCAGCCACGCUUGGUACCAUGGCCGCAUCCCCCGAGAGGUGUCGGAGAGCCUGGUGCAGAGGAACGGCGACUUCCUCAUCCGCGACUCGCUCACCAGCCUGGGCGACUACGUGCUGACGUGCCGCUGGCUCAACGAGCCCCUCCACUUCAAGAUCAACAAGGUGACAGUGAAGUCCAGCGAUGGCCAUACCCGCAUCCAGUACCUCUUUGAGCAGGAGAGCUUUGACAACGUGCCCGCCCUCGUCCGCUUCUACGUGGGCAACCGCAGAGCCAUCUCCGAGCAGAGCGGGGCCAUCAUCUACUGCCCCAUCAACCGCACCUUCCCGCUGCGCUACCUGGAAGCCAGCUACGGACUCGCCAACGGGAAGCAUGGGGGGUCCCACAGCCCCACCACCCAAAAAGGGGGGCACAUAAAGCGCAGAAGCAUCACCAUGACAGACGGCCUGACAGCAGACAAGAUCACCAGGGCUGAGGGGUGCCCAACCAGCUGCUCCCCCGGCCUCCUCCCACCGCAGGGAGUUACACGGCUAAAGCCGCGUACCUGCCAAGCAGCCGGGAUCACCCCGGCCUCUCCAGUCAUAAGAAGAUCCAGCGAGCCCCAGCUGUGCCCAGGCACCAACAGCAAACCUCUGCCAGAGCCGGCCCACAGCACCCACUCCACUCCCUGCCACGGGUACGCCCGCGCCUCCCCCUCGCCCUCCGUGAACAGCUACAGCGACCCAGACACAGGGCACUACUGCCAGCUCCACCCCACCUCGCCCGUCAGCCGAGAACGGCCAACUCACGACACCAAGCAGCUCCCAGCAAAGAGCUACGUGGAGAGGCUAAAGGUGGAGGAAGGACAGAGAGGGACUGUGGAGAACGGCUCUGGCGAAGCAGAGGCAGGGCAGCGGCUGAAGGCAGAGCUGGACUUCCCGGGCUUUGUGCCCCCCACCACGGAGAUGAGCUCGUCCUUCAACCCCGCAGCCUUCCACUCCCUGCUCAUCCCGCUGGAGAACAAGCCCCUGGAGAUGGCCGUGCUCAAGAAGGUCAAAGAGCUGCUGGCAGAGGUGGACGCGAAGACGCUCGCCAAACACAUCACCAAAGUGGACUGCCAGGUACGGCCGGGGCCGGGCAGAGGGACGGGCACCGCUGCUUUCCGUCCGCUCCCCGGACCCGGCUCCUCCGGGCCCCCACGCUGACUGCCGGUCUCUCCCCGCGGCAGGUUUCACACCAUGUCCAUCAUGAUCGCCGUGGACAUCCUGGGCUGCACGGGCAGCACGGAGGAGAGGGCAGCCCUGCUGCACAAAACCAUCCAGCUGGCCGCCGAGCUGAAGAGCACCAUGGGGAACAUGUUCAGCUUUGCUGCUGUGAUGAACGCCCUGGAAAUGACGCAGGUACCGGGACACUCCUUUCAUCCUCCUUCUCCCAAAAUACAUCCCCGUCCCGGUCUCCUGCAGGCUCCAACACCCAGCCGCCGGGGUGGGGGAAGGGAGAAAAUGUCCCCGGCCCAGCCACACCGCGCGGGGCCCUGA